UGACUCGCCAGGAACAGCCAGGCUCUGGGGCGCACACUGGGGUUAUUUUUAAAGCUCCCGGCUUCCUUCCAGGCUGGCCCCUCCUGUAUCCCUCUCUUCUCUUCCCAAGCCCCUUUCCUGCAUCAGACCCACUGGGUUCUCUAGGGACAGAGAGACAAGGAACAGCCUGGCCAAAGGGUGGCAGGUGGUCCUCAGGGCCAGGUAUUGGGAAUGGUCAGAGUGCCUGCGUGCUGUGCCCCCGGGUUAUGACGACCCCCAACAAAGGAAACAAGGCCUUGAAGGUGAAGCGGGAGCCCGGUGAGAAUGGCACCAGCCUGACUGACGAGGAGCUGGUGACCAUGUCCGUGCGGGAGCUGAACCAGCACCUGCGGGGCCUGUCCAAGGAGGAGAUCAUCCAGCUGAAGCAGCGCCGGCGCACGCUUAAGAACCGCGGCUACGCCGCCAGCUGCCGCGUGAAGCGGGUGACCCAGAAGGAGGAGCUGGAGAAGCAGAAGGCGGAGCUGCAGCAGGAGGUGGAGAAGCUGGCCUCGGAGAAUGCCAGCAUGAAGCUGGAGCUCGACGCGCUGCGCUCCAAGUACGAGGCCCUGCAGAACUUCGCCAGGACGGUGGCCCGCAGCCCCGUGGCACCGGCCCGGGGCCCCCUCGCAGCCGGCUUGGGGCCCCUCGUCCCUGGCAAGGUGGCUGCCACCAGCGUCAUCACGAUAGUAAAGUCCAAGACGGAUGCCCGAUCGUAGGGACGCGCGCUUGCCGGGCGGGUCUGCAGGGGGCCGUUAGGCGCACGGCGAGUUUGGCAGCCCUGUCCCCUUCCUCCUCUCCUCCUCUCCCUCUCCCACCUCCUUCCUUCCCUGCAAAGCACAACCUGCACCCCGGGGGCGCCGGGCUGAGCCCCUUUGAUCUCGUCGUUGUCAUCGUGUGUUUUGUACGUUGGGAUUGGUCAGUUCGGCGGUGACGUGGGGUUGCCUUGGCCCCCUUUGUACCAAGGCUGUGCAGGCUUGGAGUCCAGAGUUGGCCCUGUGGCAACAGAGAAAGAUUGAAUGAGCUCUCUGGGGCUCACGUGCCUGAGCAGGGAGGGCUCCAAGGCAGGAGGGGCCGCUGUCCGCUCCUGGGUGGCCCACAGGCCCCAACUGCCGCUGCCUGGCAGGGGGCUGUGAUUCACUCUCAGCGUGGCCAGCAGGCAUAGACGAGCUCUGCUCCUAAGAGUAGGGUGUCCUUGAGGGCCCUGGAUGGGCGGGCCGCCAGCCUGGGCGCUACGGCCUCUGGGAGGGACGGGGCGUUAUGUGGCUUUGGGCCAGGGCCCACGGCACUCGAGCCUGACGCAUUGCACUGAACAAGACCAAAUCACUGGUUGUGAACAUUCGUGAAGGGUGUGUCCAGUGUCCUGCCACGGGCCCCGUGUCACUGUUUACAUGACCUGUCUGUGUGGUUACGUGGCCCUUUAUUUAAAAGAGAGGAGUUCCUUUUACGAAAGUUAUUAAAUUAUAUGUUUAAAAGCUAAAGAAAAAAAGAGCUGCAGAGUAUUUAUAAAACUGUCUUUUUAAAAAAAAAACAAAACAAGCAAGAACAUUUGACCAUAUAUACGGAAAAGGGAAGAAAGUAUAAUAGAAACUUUGCUUAGUUUAACAAAAGAAAAAAAACAAACAAAAAAAAUCCCUUUCUUGUAAACUUAUGGACAAGUCUUUGUGGCCGUUGGAGUUUAGUUUUUAUAUACACAGAGUUAUCAGACGUUAUUUAUAAAACUUAGUUUUAAAAAAGACAAAAAAGAAAAAAAAGAAGAGCCAAGCCGUGGGCGGCCGCGAGGCGCGUCCUGGCGCCCUCUUUGCUAUCUCUUUUGCAAUUGUACCGAAAGUGACUUACUCCUUUGCCCUUCCUGCUUCCGUCUCUUGCCGGUGCCGUGGUGAUGUCCGUGCCUGGUGAGGUCUUGUGCAGCGUCACGUGCUGGUGCUUCUGGUGACCUUUGACCUGUGUGCGUCCCUUCUCGUGUCUGUUAUUCCCGUGUUUGUUUUUUGCAUUUGGUUGUGUUCUUGCUUCUGCCAGCUUGCCGGGCCCCGGACCGGGGGCGCCGGGCGGCUCCUGCUCCCGCAGAGCGUGGGGUCCGCCCCGCAGCCCAGACCCCCCGCCCCCCGCCUCGGCGCCUGAGCCGGGACCCCGGAGGAGCAGCGCCAGUGCUCUGUCGCUCCCACGCCCUGCACAGCCUUGGCUUUGCAUGUGUGUCCUAGGCGUGGGCUGAUCCGGCGGCAGGGAAGGGGCGACGGGGGGGCCAUCCCAGAGGGAGGUGCCCCCCGCCCCCGGCCAGGGGCAGCAGGUUUGCAGGGACCAAGGAGUCACUAGGGCGCCCCCAGGUGUCUUCCUUCUGGCCUCUGGCCAACAUGCUGGGGCUCCGGCCUCCAAGCCCAGCUUUGCCCCCGUGGGUUUCACGAGGGCCUCGUCAGGGGACCCGCGGAGCCCCCGUGUCCUGGCGGUGCUGCCACGCGGGGCCCUGGAGCUUCCCGGGCAAAACCAGGUGGUUUGAGGGCUCCCCUGGGGCGGCCCCUUCACCCCGCUGCGGGCCUGCUGGGCUCUCCACCCAGGCCAGACACGGGCUGCAGGGUCCAGGUCCUCUCUCUCCCCUCGCCCUGCCUGGGCUCCGGCUCUCGCCUCCCUCUGGGAUCUGUGUCUUCCAGGGACGCGCUGGUCAGCUCGAGGGGCCAUGCCCUCCGGGGCCGAGCCUACCCCCCCCCCCCCGUGGCCCCUCGGCAGAGGCAGCCGGUCUUCCAGCCCGGGCUGGGGAGCUCCUCGUGGGCCGCCGUGGUGCCUGCCGUCAAGAGGCUGCUGCCCCGUCUCCGGCCACCUGGGCCUUGGCUUCUCUGGGACCCCUGGGCCCCCGGGAAGCACGCCGGUGUGCCUCGCGGGCUGCAGGCAGGACUUCAUCCCGGAGUCCAGCCCUGUGUGCCCAGGGGUGGGAGCAGGGGCGCGCUGUCGGCCCCCGUUGUGGUAACGGGCCUCUCUCGGCCCUAGAGGCUCAGGCGUGCCCGCGUACCCAGGCGGGCCUGCAGCGGAGGCUUUGACCGUUGACUCUCAAUACUUAGUGGCUCCCUGCCCCUCCUCACUGUCUGGCUUUGUCUGCCUAGGGUCUAGAUGAAAGUGGUGGAUGUUGGUUGUAGCAGUAGUGAGUUGGAAUCUCGUCGUAAGACUCCCUGAAGAGGGGUCAUGUCCUUGCUCUCCGCAACCGUUCACGGCCCCGACGCUUUCGUCCUUGCCGGGAGGUAGCUGUCCAUCCGCCAGGCUGGAGACCUGGAGAGGAGAGAAGCGAGGUGGGUUCGGAAGUCCAGAGGCGGGUUGGAGGGUGGGCACAGGUGGAUCAGAAAUUGCAGGUCCUUGGGCUAGGUAAUAGAAGAAGCUUCUGGAAUUAAUGAGGACGUGCUUCCCCUCAGAGUUUUUGGAUUUGGAGCAAGUGUCCCUUGGGUCUGGGAGUACAUCCUGUUGCCAUCAAGCCAGCCCCGCGGGGCCACGCUGUACUCUGCCCUUUCCCCCUUCACCUUGGUUUCUUGACAGUAGAGCCUGUGUCCACAUGUGACUGGCUGGUGUCUUUCUGAUUCUUGUUAAUUCAGUUUUCCUACUGUGAGGGUGUUGUGUUCUUUUUCUCCUCAACUUUUCUGACACAGCGAAUCGAGGGCUUUGGCCGAGGCCGAAUCUCCCAAACUUGUCCGCUAAGUAAACCAUGAUGUGCACCUUCCUUCCCAUCAUACCCUCGCCCUAUGCCUCCCCUGUCCCGACACGGACCCUCAGACUUCAGAGGAGAACCCUGUGGGAACAGGCCAGCUCCUGCCCUGAGGGUGGCCCCAGCGAGACUCCCCCAUGGCCCUGGCUGCUACUCUGGGUGGCCCUGCCGUUUGUACAGGUGAGAAGACACGGCUGCUCGGUCGUGUGGUGUGUGGGUUUCUGCCGAGACCAGGUCUGCGCUGGAGGCUUUUCUGCUCUUGGUCCACGCUUCGGGUCUGUGUGCACGAUGCUGAGCGUCGGCAGCCGCCUCUUUGGUCGGUUCCUGGGCCCACAGCUCUGAUCAGCUGCAGCCUGCUUCGGGAGGGGUGGUCAAGCCCCCUCCUGUCCCUGUCGGCUCCGUUUCAGAGGUGGCCAGUUGGCUAAAGCUCCCAUCCACAGCUGGGAAGCCCAAGCCACAGCCCUGCAGCACCAUUUCCGCUCUGGGAUCUUGUAAGUUACUUUUUUAGGCUGUGGUUUGGUGAAAGGAACCAACAGAGUAACGAUUUUUUUCCCCCAGAAGCCACUGAAUAAUUCUUUUUGGCGCGUUUUUGCCUUCCUGUUGGCUGUCUAGUUUUGGAGCAGGUGGGGAGAGUGGAGGACACACAGAGGCAGGGGUGUGCCCUGGAGACUGAUGGCCUGUCUUGCUUCUGGCCUGUGUGUUUUGCGCGUGUGCUGUACCUUUGGGCCGGUCACGCACGUUUGCACCCCACGCUGGAGCAGCAGCCUUGGUAUGUGGGUGUCUGGCAAGCCUGAGCUGGAGUGCAGGAGAGUGUGCCCCGAUGGACUGUGAGGGGGCAGCCCCUCCAGCACCCUCGUGUCCCAGCCCCCCCUCCUCCCCAUCCCCUCAAUUUGCUACUCCCUGAAGCCUUUAACCAAACGGGAGUGGGUACAGAAAGCCUUCUCCUGGCAUCUUAGGGCAACGGGACAAGGGCUGCCCAGUGCGUCCGGCUCUGGUGCUCUCCUGGCGCUGAGAGGCUGGGUCCAAGCGGAGUGAUCAGACCCGCCCUGCCUGCCCUGCCUAGGGCUGAAACCAGGGGAGGCGGUGGCACCCUGGGCCCUGCCAGGGCAGGCAGGGGUUGUGGAAGAUCCAGGUGAGGAGGAGCCUCCCUGGGGCGGGCCGUGGCCUCAGUGCUCACCCCGCCCUGUGCAGUAUUUAUUGCUAAAUUAUUGUCCAGGGGGGGCGGCACUGGGCCGGACCCCGGGUAUUUAUUGCUGUACAUAGUGUAUGUUUGUGAUAUAUAAGGUUUUCUUUAUUUUGUAUAUGAUCAAUAAACACCUUUUAAAGAGA